GGUUGCGUGGCUGUGUGUGCGUGGUUUGACUCUCGUGCGUGUCGAAGGCGCCACGUCGGCAGAAGCAGCAAAGGGAAAAGAAGCUGCGUAGCUGCGCGUGAAGAGAAGUUCAACAGGCUGCGCUUUAACGCGAGAAAGGCUGGAAGACGGGCCGCGGACAGGCACAGCAGCACGGUUCACACGCGCACGCACGCGCACAGAAAUUAAUCUAAAUUAUUACAGAGUUUGUGCCGCAGGCUGAAACAGGAGCUGCUCCAGGGUCAGGUUUCUCUGCCAGGUGUGUUUGUGGGAGAAUCCCGGGGAACAAUGGUGAAGGACGUGAACAGCAGUAACACGGAGCCGCAGCCGGGCACCAGCGUGGCCUCGGACGACGCAGAACCCGCCUGCAGUCAGUCCCCCGAGGACCCUGGUAAGGACCAUGCGGCGCCCCCUCCUGGCGUGGUGUGGCGCGUGACCGGUGGCCUCUUCAACGUCACCAAGGGCGUCGUCGGCGCUGCCGUGGGCGGCGUGGCCUGGGUGGGCGGCAAGAGCCUGGAGAUCACCAAGUCGGCCGUGACCUCGGUGCCCUCCAUGGGCGUGGGGCUGGUGAAGGGCGGGGUGUCGGCCGUGGCCGGAGGGGUCUCCACGGUGGGCUCCACGGUGGCCAGCAAGGUCCCGUUCACAGCCAAGAGAAAGGACAAGGCCGAGUGAAGAGGAGGCGCGGGGCGAUGAAGAUGAUGAUGAAGAUGACGGCCAUUGAUGACGACUUGCCCCACCCUGAGCCAACAGAGCUGCUCUCUGCCAAUCGGACUCACGCAGUGCCUUCUCGUUCCUUUCUCGGUGACCUCAGCACCAGAUUGAGACUGUGAUUUAAAAACCAUAUAGUCUAGCUGUAAGUUUAGUACUCCUCGAAACCAUGGCAACCACGAGCGACCAGCAACAAACGCCUAUUAAUGCGCUGCAUACAAUCUCUAGGCUCUAGGCACAUUACAUGGACUGGGAUCCAACUCAGCACGUGGUGAACUUGUUGAUGCUGUUGAACUUUUUGUUUUUUUUAAUGUGUUUACAAUCCAGAGUGAGGCUCCACACAUUCCAGUCUGCACACGCUUGGUGAAAUGUUUCUGCAGUAAGAUGCUGAUUUUAGUUUUUGUGACGGAGAGAGACGCAAAUGUGUGCGUUGAGAAAAAUAAAGGUUUCAGCGUCGGCCUCCAGGAACCUGCAGCGUUUUCCAGCCUCCAGGCUUCGCUGCCUGACCUUCAUUCGUUGGAAUUGCCUGAGGUGGCGUCAGCCUUGGAUGUGCAUGUAGGAACACUAGUCUGAAAUGCAUGACUGAAGCCGUCAGGUAUUUUCCACAGCUAUAUUACUGUUGUACUGUUUUCUUCUCAGUGUGUGUGAAAUGUUGGAAAUGCAGCAUUAGUCCUUGACAUUUUUUAAGAUUUAUGGAGAACGCAUUCAGCAGAGUCUGGUUGUGUGAAAGGAAACGGUGCCUGUUGUCUGAGCUGCUGAGUCGGUGAAGGUCAAACCUUUAAACGAGGAGAACACUGUAAAGUAGCACAGGCAACGCUCAUAUGCAAUAACAGCGUUUCAAUGCAACUUCAGGAGCGAGGGGGCAGUUUCUGAUGAGACUUUACUGUGUGAAUGUUUUGUGUUUUUCAAUAUAUCAAUAAAGUAGUUUGUUAGCUUAAAUACA